UGUUCGAUUCUGAUUUAAAAAAUCAAAAUGGCGUGUUUCAUUAAUAAAGUUAAACGACUUCCUGAUGUUUUAAAGACUCUCAAAGGAUUCUUGUCUUCUAGAAAUUAUGGUUCUACUCUCUUCAUUGCGGGCAAUAAGGCUACUGAUACUUUUGCGUUCCUUUCUCCGUAUCUUGAUUUCGACAGACGUUUCGCUGAUUUGGAUAAACUAAAAAGAGAUCUUGAUCUGCGUGGAUUCAAAAUUGACGCUCCUGAGUUAAAAGAAACUUGGGAUUUUUACAAAUAUGUAGAUGUGAACAGGCGAGCCCUAGAACAUCGAAGAAUGGAGAUUGGCAAGAGAAUUGAGGAUUUGAAGAAGAAAAAGGAACUGACGCAGGGGGAAGAAAAGGAGAUCGUGGCUCUUAAAAUACAGGGAAAAGUUCUCAAGCAAGAUUUAAAGAUGAUUAAAGAUGCUCUUUGGGAUCUAGAAGAUUCUGUUGUCCUGAGGGCUCUUAAAUUACCCAAUGAUAUUGAUGAUAGAACACCAAAAGAUGUACCCUUAGUUUUGAAAAUUGUUGGUGAAAAUUCGAAUCUUCCUGAAAACGAGAGACAGAGUCAUCUCGAAAUUGGGAGGAAUCUCGGGCUCCUGAAGUACGCAAACCCACUGAAAUGUUAUUUAUGCAAUGACGCUGCAGUUUUUGAACUUAGUGCUUUGGCAUUUUCAGCAGACAUCCUCCGCGAGGAUAUGAUUAGAAUUGCAGGUUUGGACUUCGGCCGUAGUAUCGUGCUGGAGGGUUCAGGUUUGAAUCACGAAGACCCGACCGAGUCUUUUAUCCUUGCAAACAACUCUAAGAUCGAAAGAAACUCACAUAGUCGAAUACAUCUUGUGGGUGGUGCCAGUUUGGUUUCGUUUCUCACAAUGCAUGCGAAACAAUUAAUCAAUUCGAACAACUUUCCACUGAGAUAUUUCGCUACUGGGAGGCAAUAUACGCCAUUUCCUCAUGAGACAGCCCAUGUUGGUCUCUUCACUGUAUGCCAAUCUUCUGCCGCAUACGCUUUCUCGAUGGUCAAAGUGUCUGGAAGCGAAGAAUACCAAGCUGAAUUUGAAAACCUUUUACGGAAGACUAUACAAAUUUAUGAGAGACUCGGAAUCCACUACAGAAUUGUAAUGAGAUCUGCAUCUGAAUUGCGAUCUUGGGAGAGCCUUAGGGUUUCAUUCGAAAUUUGGUCUACUUUUAACCAACAGUAUGUUGAAGUCGGUUUCAUUUCUGCAUGUGGAGAUUUUAUUAGUAAACGUUUACUUAUCGCGUUUCAAACAAAAAAUGGCAGGGAUUUUCCAGGUGUGAUAUCUGGAACUAUACUUUCUGUCCCUAGACUGCUUGCUUGUUUGAUGGAACAAAAUCCACAGAAUUUCGUGAUUCCGGAGUGUAUUAAAAAAUAUAUGGAGCGGCAAAAUAUUGUGAAUUAGUAGAAUACUGUAUGUGACAGAAUUAAAUUAUUCCAGCCCUUGAACGAUCGUGAUCAAUUUUUGGGGUUCUUUUUUGUAGUAAGAGCCUUUGUGAUCAUUUUUUGUAUGAUCGAUCGUUAUUCAUUAAAAUAAAGUUUCGAUUAUUUCAGAUA